AUGAAAGGUGCACUACCGAUAUGGUACCACUUGGGUGCCAAAAAGCGGCUCCGUCUGCUAAACAACACGCGAGUAAGCGACUUCUUGCGAGACAGGCAUGGAGUUUCCUACGUGGCGGAUCUCCUCAAACUCACGCGCAGAACAUGCUUUCGACGGGCGAGAGCGCAGUCAAACGACUUCGUCCCUAGCACGUGUGAGUGCAGAGCCUGUGGGGAAGACACCGCUCGCGGGUGCAAGCACCCCCUGGGGUGCUGUAAGGCGGCGGCCAACCUCCUAGAACAGGUCCGCCCAAAAUGGCACCCCGAUGUGGAACCCGUCCCGGAUGGGCUGACUCUCACGUCAAAGUGUCUUGAUGCUAACACAGAAGCCCUCGAGUCAGAGGGCGUAGUGACUUUCAAUCCAUCCCUAACAGAAAGAGGUUCAAUAAUGGAGGCCAUGAGAGUCUUCGUGGACCCAAGUGUCCAUGACGAACCCCCUGCGAUUCGAGCACGGGCUGGGAGGAUAGUAGAGGACGAAGCGGUCACUGCGUACCUUGUUGGCCCUUCGAGUAGAAAGUCCCUGCCAAAGGGAGCGGAGCCCAUGCCAAACAACAUGGGCCUCGUCUAUUACCCGGGCAGUCCUGAAAAGAGCGCCAUCGUCCGGCCUCGCCCUCCUAGAGGAAACAUCCUCAUGCAGCAGGGCGAAGUAACAGCGGCCCUGCAUGCGGUCGAAGACACCCCGAAGGAUUCGCCGCUUCGCCUUGUC